CAUGAAACCUCAAGCUCAAGAUCUUCAAACGAAUCCAAUAAUCAACCAAGUACUUGCUUACAAUAACGAAAAGCACACGACAUCAUCUUUAUGUCAAGACCCACGUUUUAAAACGUCUCGAUAUCUACGUGAAAUUGAUCGAAGAGAGAUUUUAAUACGUCUAGCUUAUGGUGAGAAGCAAUCAGCAUUGGCAAAAGAAUAUCAUGUCAGUCGAGCAGCAAUUUGCAAUUUAAAUAAACAUCGACAUGAAGUUCUAGCACGAAGUUUGGAACAUCCACUGGCGAAACAUCCGAAGCGACGACAACCAAAAGAAGAUAAGACUAUUCCUUUCAAAAGGUAAUUCGUGUUUAUGUCUUCCACAUAAAAAAACCUAAAUGUUUGACAAUAUAUAUUGUCACUAAUAUUGUCAA